UUGCACCUGGAAAAAACGGGUUUGCCAAAUCGAUGCUGGAUAGGCACUAUGUAAAAAUGGAGGCGUGAUCAGUAACCGUAGCAAAUCUAUACGUAGUUCCAUUUGGUGCGAAAAACACUUAACGUACAAUAUCUCCACAGUGCAUUAUGCGCUUAAUAAUGAAAUGAAUUAGCGGCCUUUUCAUUAAUGGCUUUAUGAUACUGAAAUAACCUGUAAUCUAUUGAAUAAAAGCCUUACAGAUAAGCGUUUAAGAAUAUAUUUUUUACAAAUGGAUACAUACGAUAACGGUUUUUCCUGGACCCUUAUCGUAACGGUGUCAGUUGUGAUUUAUUCCGCCUACACCAGCAAUGACCAAGCGCAUACACUCGACCGAUCCGGUUGACGGGCGAUAUUCACCGGAAAUAAAUCCUUUUCUAAGCACCCUGCAAGUGGAAUACCACACCACGGAAAAAUCCAUGCUGAAACAGGUUUCCAGUUAGCCGACUGCGCAGUACAUACUACGCACUACUUGUACAACUCGCAAAGAGGUGGUUUAGCUAAUUUGCGCGAUCGGCAUAAUUACACGAUUUUGCAGCUAUACCGGCAUGUUUUGGUUCCCCACAAUAGCCAAGAAACAACACAACCGCACCGCUAUACAGUAUACUCUGCACAGCUAAUGGGCAUAAUGGGGGCUGUAGCGGAUGACGAAUCUAUGGAUUACCUACAGGAUGACGACCAAACACAGCUUCCACUGGCGUCGCCCGAACCACCCGGCUGGCAACGACAUCAAGCCGGCUUCUUAGAUCGUGGCAGAUUCCUAAUGGAGAAUGAGGUGCUUAGCGAUGUGGUCUUUGUUGUGGGAAAAGGGGUCAUCAAGCAGGAGAUUCCAGCGCACAAAUUUAUUUUGGCCAUGGGAAGUCCAGUCUUCGAAACGCUUUUCUACGGACCCAUUCGGCAACUAGCCGCCGACGGAUCUGACCUUCGCAUACCUGACAUCGAACCAGACUCGUUUCGUAACCUUUUACGGUAUCUUUACACGGACGAUGUCACCGGGAUUAACGAGGAUACCGUUCUCUCCACGCUACAUGCUGCAAAAAAAUACGAUGUGCCACAACUGAAAAAUGCAUGCUUGCAGUUUAUGAAGCAGAACAUUCGCUGCGAUAAUGUGUUUGCUGUGUUAGAACAGGCUCAGUCAACGGAAGAGACAGACCUCAUUGCGCAGUGUCUGGAACUAAUUGACCAUGAAGCAUUAGCUAUAGCGAACUCGAAUGAAUUUCUGGACAUCAACUUUGAAACCCUUCUACUGAUUUUUGAGAGAAGUACUCUGGCCAUAAAGGAGAUCGAUUUGUUCAAUGCACUGGACAGAUGGGCUACCAACGAAUGUAACCGGCGCGGAUUUCCGGUAGAAACGCCCAAUAAACGCCGCAUAAUCGGUAAAGCCAUCUACGAAAUUCGCUUCCCAUUGAUGAGCGUUGAAGAGCUAGCAAAUGGGCCGGUACAAAGUGGAAUUCUUCGGCCGGAGGAAGUCAAAGAUAUCUUUCUCUACUUGUUCGCCGAAGACAAACCGGAAAUCGCCUUCUCCGCUGUACCCCGGCUUCCGGCUAAUAAAAGCGGUCCGUAUACGGUGGAAAGAUUUGCGGAAGCCGGCGGAUCGUGGGGUUACGGAGGCGGAGCUGAUUCAAUUCAAUUUGUCUCCGAUCAUGAUGUAAGACUGCAAGGUUGCGGCAUAUAUGGCACUAGCGACGGCCCAGGUCGGCACGUGAUUAAUUUGAAGGUUCUCAAAGCAGAUGACAAGAAAGUCUUGCGCGAACAAGAAACUGUUAUUGUGUCCGACGGGUCGCGAUCGCCUUAUCGCAUCCCAUUAACUGAACCUAUUAUUGUUAAAAGCGGCGUCCCGCAUAUUGUCACCGCCCGCAUCGAAGGUCCAUCGUCGUUCCGCGGUGCAAAAGGAGCAAAGAAGGUGGCGGUGAAAGUGGAAAAAUUCCAUACAAUGUCGUCAACACCGUCGCAGUCACAAUACGAAUUCUCUUUUACGGAGUCACCUUUCAGCGAAAAUGGCACCUCGGUUCAAGACGGCCAAUUGCCUCUACUAAUUUUCAGUCCAAUUUAAUGACAAACAUAUGUCUUCAAUAAUAUUUAAGUGAUUUCAAAAUAUUCGGUUUACAUUAUAGUUUUUAUGCUGUGUUGUUGGACUUUGCUGUGGCUACAUGGUUAGUAAUGUUAACGCUCCUCUACGGCGACGCCGUGAUUCGAGUUUUUCAUCGUUGAUGUGGACGUCGUAAACGAGGUCGCCCUUGCAUGUACAGUACACAUAGGCCUUGUAAUAAUACGGGUACAUAAUUGCCCGCCACCACCCUUUCAUGGGUAAUUUAUUAGCUUGCGCAAAGACGCUCAAAAAUUUAGGUUACAAAGAGUCGUUGCCGGUUUUUGAUUGUCUGUUUACGUCUUUGGAAAAACAUUCAAUGUCUUCUGGCUAAUGUCGCUAGACUAAUUACUUCAUCCCGCUAAACGCUGACUGAUGCGUUAAAUUUAGCUGCGAAACGAUGCAGCGAGAGCAUUCGUUGCCGAACUGGAGAACUGAACACGUUAAAGCGAGAUUUUGGCGACAAGUAAUGUUUUACACUGCUGUAGAAUGCGGAUAUUUUUAACCUCUGUGCCGAUCGGGAAUAAUAUUCACGUCAAUUAUGUAGCAGAUUCACUGUGAACGGUCCCGACAAACAGCAAAUCGCCUGUUUACGAUGAACUAUGACGACGUUUUUAUUGCUGGCGAACGCCUCGUUAAAAACACUCUUCAUCAUGAUAUUUCAGUUAAAAACCAAACAAUUUUGAACCCUGGUACGCUAGAAAACGUUUGAAAUGCAGAUAACAUGGAUUCUGUAGCAUCCGGUAAUGCCUCGGUGCACAUUCUGGAGGACAGUUUCUUGGAUGAACUCCACAUCGGGUCCAGUGAGUGGUGGUUAAAACAUGGCGCACCGUUGAUUUUGCUGGCGUUUGGCAUCUUCAUCGGAUUACUGGUGAACACGCUCCUGCUGUGGGUCAUCUGCAAAAGCCACAAACUGCAGACGACACAAGAUAUCCUCAUUGCUAAUAAUUGUGUCAUAUUACUCGUACAGUCGCUGAUUAUCAUUCCGUGGAUGGUUAGUUUUCGUGUUACGCGGAUCUGGUAUUUCAGUCCCAGCUGGUGCCUCUUCUCGUUGUUUGCGGAAGAGGUCAUGUCGGGUGUCUUUUGUAUGAAUCUGCUCGGAUUGGCACUAAAUCAUGCCCGCAUCGCCUUCUGGGUGGGAUGCAAACAACGUGAAGUGAUAAAGAUUCUUCUGGUGAUCUUCCCAUGGGUCGUUGGAUUAUUCACAGCGCCGCGUUGGUUUCUGGACCGACAGAUUAAUAUCGGGGAAAAUCAGUGUGAGAUGCACAUUAUCGCUGACGACUUCUACCAUUGGUGUAUGUUCGUGGCGCUUCGGAACUAUUUCGUUCCCAUCGCCCUCACAUUCGUGGUUCUGGCUCUUGUAUCCGUCUGGGAAUGGUAUGAAAACCGCACCUCUCAAAAAAAAUUUGGAGAUUUAAUAAUCCAGUCGCUGACCGAAAUGACGCCAUGUAUAGAUGCAGCCGCACCAUGUGCCAAUCCAGAACAAGCAGUCGCUCCGCGGGAGCGUUCUGACAGCACCGUCCCUGUGGUCAAUCUUUCACGCAGCAAGUCCUCCACGUCAACUACCUCGUUGACCAUUGUCCACCGGGCGAGUGCUCCAAACGAACACCUGCCCCUCUACACCCGAAGUGUCUCCGCACCGAGGCCCAGUCUUGUGGAUUUUCUGUCGGAAGGGAAGCAGCCACUGUCCACAGUAAUCGGCAUGUUACUGGUGGCUGUCGUCUUUCCGGGACCGUACUACGCCAUCAAUGCCCUGGAAGGCUAUGUGCUCAAUGAAGAUUUCACAUACAAAAUCAGCCAUUGGGAGAGCGUCCUGGAGCUAAGUGUGUGGCUGCUGGACAGUGUGGUGUUCAUGGUGCCGGUAGUGAUUGUGCUGUGCAGUCGACGGUACCGGCGAGCGUUAAGUAGGCAGUUUGCCAUCAGAAGUUCCAGUAUACAACAAGGAAAUUAGCUCAUCAUUGUUAGAUACAAGUAGUCAUGCUGAGGUCAUAAUAACAUUACUUGGCUUUAUAAUACCUUUAUUGAAGGUCGGCCGGUCAGCUUUCAUUCCUUUUUUUGGAUUGUAUUAAACUUUCAGUUCACUGUAGGGACGCGUGUGCGCGACUUUGUUAUAACGUCGACAUAAACGCAUUAUUUACUUUGUAUAUGAGUUUACAUGUGAGUCCUACAUAAUUAUUAUUAUGUUUUCAUCAAAUACAAACUUCAUAUGUAUGGUGAACACUUUUCUCAAUUCUCCAAAAUUUUGUUUCUCCAAAUUUUUUUUAUAGAUGCUUGCAUUGAAUCGCAAUGGGCAUCCCGUACAAUGCGUGCGCUCACAAAUCCUGAUAUAUUUAUGUCAUCAUUGAUCAUUCUACCAAUUUCUACGCUAAACAGCCAACUGGAGGCAAACUUUCUGUUCUGCGUCCGGUAAAUUCAAAACUAAAGAAGCCGAUAUCGCACAAAACUUAAAUGCGAAAGCUUUUAUGCAAGGUGAGAAUUAAGUUCAAAACGUUUAGAUAAAAAAUAUCCACCGUGUGUAAAAGUUUGGAUCGCCAAUGCAUCACAACACUAUAAAAUUUCUAAUUGUGCAAUCACUUAUACCGGCAGACAUCGGAAAAUCCUAAAAUAAUGUAAGCGAACGAUGUGCUUCAUUAUGGGCGAUUAUCGUUUUCAGGUUGAAACGACUUAUGCAAUGUUUUGAUAGAUUUUUGAGCCGAAAAGAAGAAUUGGUCCAAUCUGUAUAUUUUCUGCAUCAGAUGAAGGACCAUCUGGAUUCAUCGAGCACUAGAUCAAAGGGACAUCUUGUCUUUAUUGAUGAGUGAGCACUACAAAAUGUGAGAUUUGUUCGGACAUUGCAGGACAGUUAAUGUUAACACCAUCUUGGUUCCGCUUGGGCCUUUUCAGCACUCAUUUCCCGGGCAUUUCGUGCAUG